CGAAGACCUUCUAUAGUUUGUGCGGCUAGGAAUUUCCUGUGUGAUGCUCACUGAGACCACUCAGUUUUUGAACCAAAAUAUCCUAAAUCAUCUGUCGGAAACCAAACCGUAUCUACAAAGACCUUCUGUAGUGUCUAGGAACUUCCUAAUUCUAGCUCAAACAGUCCUCUUCCCAUCAUCACAAGCUGAAAUGUCGAACGCAGAUCCCGGAAGUGCCUGGCCGUGGAGGCGAAACCACACCACGGCUCCAUUGCCUCCAGGGCCCCGAGGUGUGCCAUUCUUUGGGUACCUCCCGUUUCUAGGGACCAAUCUCCACCGGAAAUUCGCUGAAUUGGCUGAGACCUACGGCCCCAUCUACAAACUCCGGCUUGGAAGCAAAUUAUAUGUUGUGGUUAACUCCCCGUCACUGGCCAAAGAAAUCGUGCGGGACCAAGACAUGACUUUUGCCAAUCGAGACCCAAACAUUGCUGCUGCUAUAGCGUCAUAUGGCGUAAGGGACAUUGCCUUCUCAAGCCAAGGCCUUUAUUGGAGGAAUCUCCGCAAACUGUUUGUGCGGCAGUUGAUGAGCAACAUGAGUCUCGAUGCCUGUUAUGGUUUGAGAAGGCAGGAGGUCAGAAAAGCUCUGAGCGAUCUGUAUAGAAAACCUGGGGUGCCAGUAGAUAUCGGUGAAUUGGCCCUUCUGAUCUUAGUUAACAUGGUGAUGGGAAUGCUGUGGGGAGGAACGCUUCAGGGAGAAAAGGGUGAAGCCGUGGCCUCUGAGUUUCGAGAGGUGGUGGCCAAAUUGAUGGUGCUCUUAGGUAGUCCGAAUGUUUCGGACUUUUUCCCAGCACUUGCUUGGCUUGACCUGCAAGGAGUGGAAAGGGACAUAAAAGGGAACAACAAGUGA